AUGGGUGUUAGUAAGAAACCGGAAGAAACAUCAGGGAGUGGGGAAGAAACAGUAGUGAAUGCUGGAGAAAUGGAAGAGAGAUAUAUAGAAACAGAAGAGAUUGCACCUAAUACUUGCGAUGAACCUCAAAUUUUAGCAAAUGACCUUGAAAAUUGCCAACCCUACGAUGAACAACGUUAA